UGUCAACACAUCUUAGUGACAAAACCACAAGGACCACACAUUUCCCUUAGUGCGCCUGUGUGUGUGUGUGUAUGUAUAUGUGUGUGUGUGUGUGUUUUUGAGAGAGAGAGAGCGACCCCAGUUAACAUUCCCCCCACGCCCCGUCUAUAUCUCCAGCGUUCUGUCCAUCACGUAAGGAUGAGGAGAGGGAGAGGAGGAUGAAGGAGCGAGUAGUGAAUAAGUAAGAGAACAGGAGCAGCUAUGAAGGGAACAGCACUCGUCCUGUUUACAGCCACCGUCGCCAUCGUCACAGAUGUUGUAGUUGGGGCAGAUGUUUGUGCCUCCUGCCACCCGAAUGCCACCUGCGAUGACAAGACAGACGGCUCUGGAGGGAAAGUGUGUAACUGCAUGUACGGCUUCGUGGGAAACGGCAGAACUUACUGCCAAGAUAAAGAUGAGUGUCAGCUGGGGAAGAUCUGUGGCGAUCACAGCAGGUGUCACAACACCUACGGCAGCUACUUCUGUACGUGUGUGUCGGGUUACAGCCCCACCAACCGCCAGGCCGUGUUCAUCCCCAACGAUGGCACAUACUGCCACGAUGUGGACGAGUGUAUCGUGGACGGUGUUUGCGGUGAAGGCGGUGUGUGUCUGAACACAGCCGGUGACUUCUACUGCACGUGCAGAACCGGAUACACAGUUCAGAAUGGAUCAGAGCCGUUCCACCGUCACAAACAGUCUGCGUACUGUGAGAUGGUAGAUUGCGGUCCCCCUCCCUCUGUCCGUCACGCAGUUCAGGUCCCUCCGUUCCUCACUCAUUACGGCAGCAUUGUGCAGUUUGCCUGCGCAGAUGGUUUCAACAGGACACGCGGAAACGUCGCGGCCAUCUGUGGCCCUGACGGACGCUGGAGUUUUCCCAGCAUGCACUGUGAAGAGGUACAGUGUGGUGUUCCUCCAUCGUUCCCUCACGCAGUAAUGUUGUGGAAUGGAGUCAGUAAUGUGGGGGCAGAAGUGCGAUAUCAGUGUGUGGAAGGUUUUUAUAACACCGGACACGAGGAAGUGUGUGUGUGUACGAGCAGAGGAACAUGGAGCCUCCUGCACUUCCUCUGUCAAGAGAUCCGUUGCGGCCCCCCACCUCCUCUCCUCCACUCUGUAGUAUUAUGGGAUGGCAGCAGAAAUAUCGGCUCUAAAGCUCUGUAUGAGUGUAAAGCGGGAUAUCGCAGUGUGGGAACAGGAAGUGUGUCGGAGUGUGACUCUCACGGGCGCUGGACUGAUACUCGCAUCACAUGCAAAGAGAUCCGAUGCUCUGACCCCCCUGUACUGCAGCACGCUGGCCGGUUGUGGGAUGGCAGUGUGCGCGUUAGCAGCUCUGUACUUUAUUACUGUAAGGAAGGAUUUUAUCCUGCACUGGGAGAAAAUAAAUCAGUGUGUACUCAGAACGGUUCAUGGAGCAGAGCUACUCUGUUAUGUCGAGAGAUCCGAUGCUCUGACCCCCCUGUACUGCACCACGCUGGCCGGUUGUGGGAUGGCAGUGUGCGUGUUAAUAGCUCUGUACUUUAUUACUGUAAGGAAGGAUUUUAUCCUGCACUGGGAGAAAAUAAAUCAGUGUGUACUCAGAACGGUUCAUGGAGCAGAGCUACUCUGUUAUGUCGAGAGAUCCGAUGCUCUGACCCCCCUGUACUGCCCCACGCUGGCCGGUUAUGGGAUGGCAGUGUGCGUGUUAACAGCUCCGUACUUUAUUACUGUAAGGAAGGAUUUUAUCCUGCACUGGGAGAAAAUAAAUCAGUGUGUACUCAGAACGGUUCAUGGAGCAGAGCUACUCUGUUAUGUCGAGAGAUCCGAUGCUCUGACCCCCCUGUACUGCCCCACGCUGGCCGGUUGUGGGAUGGCAGUGUGCGUGUUAACAGCUCUGUACUUUAUUACUGUAAGGAAGGAUUUUAUCCUGCACUGGGAGAAAAUAAAUCAGUGUGUACUCAGAACGGUUCAUGGAGUAGAGCUACGCUGUUAUGUCGAGAGAUCCGAUGCUCUGACCCCCCUGUACUGCCCCACGCUGGCCGGUUGUGGGAUGGCAGUGUGCAUAUUAACAGCUCUGUACUUUAUUACUGUAAGGAAGGAUUUUAUCCUGCACUGGGAGAAAAUAAAUCAGUGUGUACUCAGAAUGGUUCAUGGAGCAGAGCUACUCUGUUAUGUCGAGAGGUACUGUGUGGUGUUCCUCCAUCAUUCCCUCACGCAGUAAUGUUGUGGAAUCGAGUCAGUAAUGUGGGGGCAGAAGUGCGAUAUCAGUGUGUGGAAGGUUUUUAUAACACCGGACACGAGGAAGUGUGUGUGUGUACGAGCAGAGGAACAUGGAGCCUUCUGCACUUCCUCUGUCAAGAGGUGAACUGCAGUGAGCCCCAACCUCUCCCUCACACACUGCUAGUGUGGAACGGCAGCUCCUCUCUGGGCUCUGUGGCUCUAUAUGAGUGUGAAGCUGGAUAUCGGCGUGUUAGCACAGCGAGAGUGUCUGUGUGUGGUUCCGACAGCCAGUGGAGUCCUGUACAGCUGCACUGCGAAGUGUACUGCGGUCCGAUUCCUAUGCUGCCGAACGCAGAGGUUCUCUGGGAAAACGGCAGCGUCGCCAUCCAUCACUGUGUUAAAGGUUAUUACAGACAUACAGGAAGUGACGUAUCAGUGUGCAACACCACAGGAAGAUGGCAGGUGGCCACUAUGCGCUGCAGAGAGCUGAAGUUCAGCAUUCAGAGUUUGUCCGUGUUUAAUCAGAAAUGUCUGAGCUGGAGGACGGCUGCAGAAUCACAAGGCUACAAACAGCAGUACACGGUGGUGUUUAUCGGUGUGAGGGGUUUCGAUCCCUCGUUCAGUGAUCGGCAUAGGAAAGUGUUUAGCUUGUCAGGGUUACAUCCCACUGUGUGUUUGAACCUGCAGCCCAUCACCAACUACACUAUCACUGUGACUUCAGUGGAGACCGGAGACACGGCUACUGUUACUGCUAACACCAGCAUACCCGCUCCACCCACUCCCGAGGUCGGGUACAAUGAGGUUGAUUCCCACCGACCAACUCUACGAUUACGAAGAGCCACCAGUAUGCUGGACCCAAUUUGUGUAUAUCAGGUGAUCGUGGUACCCGUAGUGGGCGUGUUGGUGUUCGACUGUACCUCGUCUCGUUUCUGUGGCGGCGAGUACGUUGCGGCUCAGCUGCAGGUUUGUGAGCUCGGCUUGGAGGUGAACUUCACACUGGGGAACCGAGAGCAAUACGGACCCUUCUACAACGCUCCACUGGAGAACGGGCAAGAUUACUACAUCAUCCUGCGCACCGUCUGCACCUGGGGGCCGGUAACCUUUCCAAUGAGAGAAAGCAGUCCUGCGUUAUCUGGGCCAAAGCCAGAGGAACCUUCUACGCAACCAGGAUUUCUGCUUUGGUCACGUUUGGCUUCAUCGGCGCUCUGGGUUUCUUCAGCAUGAUGGUUUACGGCUGCUGCUGGUUUUGGAAAGGACACAGAUUUUGAAGGAAUAUGUGUUUUAUGUUAUUUAUAAAAUUAUUCUUUUAUCGUUUCGAAAGUGUUCAUUGUUUUUGUUUGUAUUUUUGUUUGCAAUAAAAAUGGUUUCUUAA